AUGAGUCGUCUUGCCCGCUUACCACCUUGGCUUUCAUAUUGGCUCGGCUACCGGGCAAGCCCACCGCCAAAGCGACCGAACUAUAUUAUCUGGCUUUGGUCCUUCAUAGGCGCUUUUGGUGGCUUGUCCAUCCUCCAGGCUGUCUUUGGUCAUACUCACUACUUCAUUGAGCGGAACGUACCCAGCAUCAUUGCCAGUUAUGGUGCCUCUGCCGUUCUGUGUUAUGGCGCCAUAGAAGCUCCGCUCGCACAACCUCGUGCCCUUCUCGGCGGACACUUCAUCUCAGCACUCAUCGGCGUCUGCAUCACCAAGCUUUUCCAUCUCAACUCCCAUUUUGAAUCCCUCAGAUGGCUUUCCGGCUCGCUUUCAGCGUCGCUUGCUAUAGUAGUCAUGCAGAUGACAGCUACGACCCAUCCGCCCGCAGGUGCCACCGCUCUCCUUGCGUCGGUCAAUGAUGAUGUACUUGCCAUUGGCUGGUACUAUCUUCCUGUCAUUCUGCUGUCAAGCACCCUCGUCCUCGUUUCCGCGCUUAUGGUAAACAACAUCCAGCGGAGGUACCCCGUGUACUGGUUCGAGCCCGCGCUGCCACCCGUGGCGCCAAGCCCGUCACAAUUUCCGCCUGAGAAACGCAUCAGCGAAACAAGCGUUACUAUUCAACCGGCAGAAGAUGACGAAGCUGGGAUUGAAGCUCAGGAGCUUGCAGAGGACCGUGUUUAA